GAAGGCGCUGGAUUCGAAAUUACUGCCCGGAGCUUAGUGCUAGGGAGAGCAGCAGAAGGCUCCCUCAGCCCUUGGGUUUGUUUGUUUGUUCUAACUUUGUUUGAGGGAAUUCGGGAACUUAGGGGCGGCGGUAGUGGUUAGACUCCGGGCCAGACUGGUAGAUGACAGAAGUGUUCCUUCCACAGCCGCGAAGAGGGGGUGUCUGGAUAACACCAGAUAAUCAACCAUCAGGAUGGGAGUGAAUGACUUAUGGCAAAUUCUAGAGCCUGUAAAGCAACAUAUCCACUUGCAGGAUCUUAGUGGGAAAACCAUUGCCGUUGAUUUGAGUCUCUGGGUAUGCGAGGCACAGACAGUGAAGAAAAUGAUUGGAACUGUCAAGAAGCCCCACCUCAGGAACCUAUUUUUUCGUAUUUCAUAUUUAACUCAAAUGAAUGUAAAACUGGUGUUUGUAAUGGAAGGGGAGCCACCAAUGCUGAAAGCUGAUGUCAUAAGCAAGAGGACUCAGACUCGUUACGGGCCUUCUGGAAAACCAAGGUCUCAGAAAACAGGAAGAUCACAUUUUAAGUCAGUCUUACGAGAGUGCCUUGAAAUGCUAGAGUGCCUGGGAGUGCCCUGGGUCCAGGCUGCCGGGGAAGCUGAGGCCAUGUGUGCUUACCUCAAUGCCAGUGGCCACGUGGAUGGCUGCCUCACCAACGACGGCGAUGCUUUCCUUUAUGGAGCCCACACUGUUUACAGGAACUUCACUAUGAACACAAAGGAUCCACAUGUUGACUGUUACACGAUAUCAUCUAUCAAGAGUAAGCUAGGCUUGGAUCGAGAUGCUCUGGUUGGACUGGCGGUACUUCUUGGUUGUGAUUACCUUCCAAAGGGCGUGCCUGGAGUUGGAAAGGAACAAGCAUUAAAACUUUUGCAGAUUUUCAAAGGUCAAAGCUUGCUUCAGAGGUUUAACCAGUGGAUUGAAGAACCUUGCUACUCUGUUCCACCACCAGCACCAAAAAAAGUGGCUCACUGCUCUGUGUGCUCCCAUCCAGGUUCGCCAAAGGAUCAUGAACGUAAUGGAUGCAUAUUAUGUAAAAGUGAUAAAUACUGUGAACCACAUGAUUAUGAAUACCUCUGCCCUUGUGAAUGGCAUCAGACAAACCAUAAUAGGCAACUAAGUGAAAUAGAAAACAAUAUUAAAAAGAAAGCUUGCAGUUGCGAAGGAUUUCCAUUCCAUGAGGUCAUCCAAGAGUUCCUUUUGAAUAAGAAUAAAAUGUUGAAACCGAUCGCAUACCAAAGACCUGAUUUGUUAUUGUUUCAGAGAUUUACUGUUCAAAAAAUGGAGUGGCCCAGUCACUAUGCAUGUGAAAAAUUGUUGGUGCUUUUGACCCGCUAUGACAUGAUAGAAAGAAAACGUGGUAGAAAGACCUCCAAUCAACUACAGCCAAUUAGAAUUGUUAAACCCCGAGUCAGAAAUGGAGUCCAUUGUCUUGAAAUCGAAUGGGAAAAGCCUGAACAUUAUGUGGUGGAAGAUAGAGAACCUGGAGAACUGAACCUCCUUACAAUAGAAGAAACAUCACUGUUUGAAGCAGCCUACCCUGAUGUUGUGGCUGUCUACCAGAAACAGCUGUCAGAGACCAAAGGGAGGAAACAGAAAAGCAUGAAAAAUAAGCCUAAAGGAAGCCAUUUACCAGAAGCAGAUGAUGUGAUCAAUUCUCAGUCACUUAUGACUUUAAAACCUACAUCUAAAGCCUUCUCCAAGCAAAAUCCCAAAAUUAAUUUGGAAAUUUCUCCAGAUCCUAUUUUAGCACAGGAAUCUACUUCUCCCUCAUUGAAUAGUUUUGUUUCCCCUGAAAAUGCUCCCUGUUUGAUUUUACAAGAACAGUUAGUGCCAUCUCCAAGAACUUUGGCUAUACAGCAAACUAAAGAUGUCAGUCAUUUUCUAGUUUCAGAAUGUAGUCAGCCCAGCUCUUCAUCCCAUGACAUUUCUGUGAUUACUGAUCUGCAAUUGAGUACCAUUGAUUGGGAAGGUACUUCUUUUAGUAAUUCUCCAGCAGUUCAAAGAAACACUUUCUCUCAAGACUUACCAUCAGAAUCUGAGUCAUCGGCCAUCCUUCCUGACUAUGAACAGCUGUCAUAUGAAUCAGAACAAUGUACCUCAGACAGUGAAGGGUCCGGUAGAGUCCUUCAGCAGAGUAACCCUGAAGAGCAGCUCCUUUCUGGCAUCAGUGGUUUACUUCUUCAUGAUUUGCCUCUAAAAGAAAGAAUACGUAUAAAAUCUUCAUGCCCUCAGUAUAAUGUAGGAGCAGAUGCUGACCUGGAAAGUUUGCCCCUAAAAUUGAAAGGCUCUUGUAAUGCUUACAGUAGCUCUGGUGGCUCAUCCCAUUUUUCAAAGGAUCUUACAGGGGUAUAUCUUCACAAAGAGUCCAGAAACUCUAAAGUUCUAGACAGUCGACUCCAAGAAAACUGCAGGGCAAAUACUUCCUUACCUUAUUCUUUCAGUGACAAAGCAGUAAAGACGUCCAGUCUUCAAGUUGGGCUGCCAACUGCUGCUAUACCUCAUAAUCCAAAAGUUGCUGUGAAAACGACUAAGAACCUUGUCAUGAAGAAUAGUGUUUGCCUCGAGAGAGAUUCCUCAGAUGAAGACAAUGCUCCAGGGUCCUGGAAAGCGAAGUAUACUGCUCCAGAAAUGAAACACAGUUCUCAGAAGCACAGCCUAGUCCAUGUCAGAGACAGUACUCACAACAAACUCAGAAAUCCUAAAGUGGAGUCUAUAGAAACCAAACUGUGUAAUGAGUCUUUUAAAACAGCUGGAGAUGAAGAAAACGGGUUCUCAGAUCUAGGGAGAAGUCCUCAGAGUUUUCUACCAUGUCACAACAAAGAUGAGGACUCUACUGCCUCCUGGGAAAAUCCUCUACCUUUGCGCCAGAGGUUAAAACUCAGGCUCCAGAACACUCAAAGUGGAUUUUAUAAUACUUAAGUUUAAUGUGUUUGAAUGCUGGUGGCAUUGGCAGGAACCAAGCAAACUGAUGUUUGGUAGAAAAUGUACAUGAGUAUCUGCUGUUUAAAUCAAAAUUGUAGUCUUAAAAUGUUAACAGCCAAGUAUGGCUAAUGCCUAUAAUCAUAGCAUGUAAGAGGGCCAUGGAGUCCAGAGGAUCAUCCACCAGGAGUGCAGAAUCAUUCUCUGGUCUGGAGAGUGUCAGGCCAAUCUCAGUUAUCUAAGAAAGAAAAACAGUUAAAAGUUUGACUACAAAAGAUGAGCAUCUGGUGACAGCUUCAAAUAAUGUAGAACAUUAAUUAGAACAUUUUAUUCUU